AUGGCGGCGCUUCUUGUUGUGCUAGGAAGUACGAUGGCGAGGGCAAAAAAGAUACUCUCGGCAGUGCAACAUGGAGCGACACUCUACCAAAAUGAAGAAGUAGUCGUCGUUUUCGCGCUUAUCGAAGGUGAAGUCCCGGAUCUCGAAGUUAUCGGACGUACGAUUGGGGAAGAAGAAGGCGGACUGGAUAUUCGAUUGUACCACCCUCUCGAAUCAGAUCCGCAGAUUAGGAUCCCAUUAGCGUCCACUGACCAACACAUACUCGUUUUCAAUGGGAUGACACCAGAUGAGGGAAUGGAGGAGGAGUUCAACGCGUGGUAUGCAGAUGAGCACAUCGCAAUGCUUCAACAGGUCCCUGGCUGGCGUUCUUCUAUCAGAUUCAAGCUUUUACACGCGUUGGGUGACCCACAGACGGGGGGUGUGACCAAGUAUCUGGCGCUACAUGAGUGGGCCACGAGAGACGCGUUCUCAACAAAGGAGUUCCAAGCAGCGACAAAUACGCCGUGGCGGACAAGGGUGGUCAUUGGGGGCGUCCACCAGAAGGAACGCUUGGUGCUUGAAUUUCAAGGUGAAGCUAAGCUUAUGUAA